CUACGCAAGAACCACACAUUCAGGUCACAGUUUCAUGACAUGUGUGCAAAAGUUGGAGUGGAUACCCUGGCGUCAAAUAAGGGUUUCUGGGCAGAGCUUUUAGGGAUUGGUGAUUUCUAUUAUGAACUUGGGGUACAAAUUGUUGAGAUUUGCUUGGCAACAAGACCCCACAAUGGGGGUCUAAUCAACAUGCAGGAGCUCUGCACUCUCCUCCGGCAGAGGCGAAAGAGUGAUCAUGAAGCUGUAUCUGAGGAUGACUGCUUGCGUGCUAUAAGUAAGCUGAAGGUAAUGGGUAGUGGUUUUGAGGUGAUUUCCAUUGGAAAGAAAAAGCUUGUCCGCUCUGUUCCUACUGAGUUGAACAAAGACCAUAAUCAAAUUUUGGAGUUGGCCCAGGCUCAAGGUUUUGUAACUGUUGAUGAGGUAGAGAGACGGCUUUCCUGGACAACUGGUCGUGCUAUUGAUGCACUUGACACUUUGUUAGACGAAGGUCUUGCUAUGAUUGAUGAUGGCCACAGAGAUGACAGACGACGGUAUUGGUUCCCCUGUGUGUCUUCAAUCACCUCAUCAGUUGGAAUUGAUACUUAGCAUAAUGUUUCUUCUUUCAAUGAAAUUGUAGUAAGUCAAAAUGUCAUUCGUGGAUACCCGAAAGAUGAAGUGCAAAAAGGUAUUAUAUAUCUCCUUUUCCACUUUUAUCAUCCUACACAGUUAUGAUGUUCAUGGAUAUAUGUUAAACUUUUAAGCCAUUUUUCCCAUGAGAAUAUUAUGUGCCAUCUUUCAAG